CCAUCUGGAGAGCCUCGACGUUCCGCCCGAGCCCGGCGCGGGCGGCCGGGGCGCUGGCCGGGCCCUAGGACUCAGAGGCCGCCCGGCGACGCGGAUGCGGAGCCUGCUCACCGAAGAUCAAAGCCACCGGUGCUCUCUUUGUGUCCGCUCGGGAUUCACCGCCCUGGGGCUGUCCAUGGAAACCUAAACUGCUGGAACCUGAGGCAGAGAACCUCCCUUUGGCUUCUUGCUUUUUUUCGUGUGGGGGGAGGGUGGCCACUCCGACCUGGAUUUACCGUUCUUGGCCCCCCUAAGCCCCCCCGUGCGGGGGGCGGCUGUGAUCGCUCUGGCGGUUGGAGGUCGGGGAGCGGCCCGGGCUCUGGCCAUGUUCUCGGAUGAGGAUUUCUGGAUCGCCCUGUGAAGAGGUCUCCCCGAGAGGGCCCUGCCCAGUCGGAGAGAGGGAUGGACAGCCAGAAGCAGCCUGGUGAGGAUAAAGAUUCAGAACCGGCAGCCGAUGGACCUACGGCCUCUGAGGAUCCAGGAGCUCCUGAGCCAGACCUUCCCAAUCCACAUGUGGGGGAGGUCUCUGACCCCAGUUCUGGGAGUACCAGGCUUCAGGAGCCUCCCCGGGACUGCAGUGGGGCUCCAGUGCGGCGUUGUGCUCUCUGUAACUGCGGGGAGCCCAGUUUGCACGGGCAACGGGAACUACGGCGCUUUGAGUUGCCAUUUGAUUGGCCUCAGUCUCCAGUGGUGGCCCCUGGCGGGAAUGCAGGGGCCAAUGAGGCAGUGCUGCCCAGUGAGGACCUGUCACAAAUUGGUUUCCCUGAGGGCCUUACACCUGCCCACCUAGGAGAACCUGGAGGGUCCUGCUGGGCACACUAUUGGUGUGCUGCAUGGUCAGCAGGUGUGUGGGGACAGGAUGGCCCAGAACUAUUUGGUGUGGACAAGGCCAUCUUCUCAGGGAUCUCACAGCGCUGCUCCCACUGCACCAGGCUCGGUGCCUCCAUCCCUUGCCGCUCACCCGGAUGUCCACGGCUUUACCAUUUCCCCUGCGCGACUGCCAGCGGUUCCUUCUUAUCCAUGAAAACACUGCAGCUGCUAUGCCCGGAGCACAGUGAGGGAGCUGCACAUCUGGAGGAGGCUCGCUGUGCAGUAUGUGAGGGGCCAGGGGAGUUGCAUGAUUUAUUCUUCUGUACCAGCUGUGGGCAUCACUAUCAUGGGGCCUGCUUGGACACUGCUCUGACUGCCCGCAAGCGUGCUGGCUGGCAGUGCCCUGAAUGCAAAGUGUGCCAAGCCUGCAGGAAACCUGGGAAUGACUCUAAGAUGUUGGUCUGUGAGACAUGUGACAAAGGGUAUCAUACCUUCUGCUUAAAACCACCCAUGGAGGAACUGCCUGCUCACUCCUGGAAGUGUAAGGCAUGCCGGGUAUGCCGGGCCUGUGGGGCAGGCUCAUCAGAGCUGAAUCCCAACUCUGAGUGGUUUGAGAACUACUCGCUCUGUCACCGCUGCCACAAAGCCCAGGAAGGUCAGCCUGUCAGUUCUGUUGCUGAGCAUCCCUCUGUGUGUAGCAAAUUUUCACCCCCAGAGCCUGGCGAUAUCCCCACUGAUGGGCCUGAUGGUCUGUACGUUGCAUGCCAAGGGCAGCCAAAGGGUGGGCACGUGACCUCUAUGCAACCCAAGGAACUGGGGCCCCUGCAAUGUGAAGCCAAACCACUAGGGAGAGCAGGGGCCCAAGCUGAGCCCCAGUCGGAGGCCCCACUAAAUGAGGAAAUGCCACUGCUACCCCUACCUGAGGAGUCGCCCCUGUCCCCACCACCUGAGGAGUCACCCACAUCCCCACCACCCGAGGCCUCACGCCUGUCCCCGCCACCUGAGGAGUCACCUGCAUCCCCACCGCCUGAGGAAUCAUGCUUGUCCCCGAUGCCUGAAGAGUCACCCCUCUCUCCACCACCUGAGGCGUCUCCUCUGUCUCCCCCACCCGAAUCAUCACCUUUUUCUCCACUGGAGGAGUCGUCCUUCUCUCCACCGGAAGGGUUGCCUGCAUCUCCUGCACUUGAGACGCCCCUGUCCCCACCACCAGAGGCAUCACCCCUGUCUCCACCAUUUGAAGAGUCUCCCCUGUCUCCUCCUCCUGAGGAAUUGCCCACUUCUCCACCACCUGAAGCAUCUCGCGUGUCCCCGCCACCUGAAGAGUCGCCCAUGUCCCCUCCACCUGAAGAGUCGCCCAUGUCUCCACCACCUGAGGCGUCUCGUCUGUUCCCACCAUUUGAAGAGUCUCCUCUGUCCCCUCCACCUGAGGACUCUCCCUUGUCCCCACCUCCUGAGGCCUCACGCCUGUCCCCACCCCCUGAAGACUCACCCAUGUCCCCACUGCCCGAAGACUCGCCUACGUCCCCCCCACCUGAGGUGUCACGUCUGCCUCCACCCCCUGAGGAAUCUCCUCUGUCUCCACCCCCUGAGGAAUCUCCCACAUCACCUCCACCUGAAGCUUCGCGCCUGUCCCCACCACCUGAGGACUCCCCCACAUCCGCACCAUCUGAAGACUCACGUGCUUCACCACCACCAGAGGACUCGCUCAUGUCCCUACCGCUGGAGGAGUCACCCCUGUCACCACUGCCUGAAGAGCUGAGACUCUGCCCCCAGCCUGAGGAGCCACGCCUGUCCCCCCAGCCUGAGGAGCCUCAACUCUGCCCCCAGCCUGAGGAGCUGCACCUGUCUUCGGGGCCUGAGGAGCCAUGCCUGUCCUCUGCGCUUGAGAAGCCAAGUCUGUCCUCUCAGCCUGAGGAGCCACGCCUGUCCCCUGUGCCUGAGGAACCACACUUGUCCCCCCAGCCUGAGGAACUUCACUUGUCCCCUCAACCUGAGGAAUUACACCUGUCCCCUCAGGCUAAAGAGCCCCACUUGUCCCCCAUGCCUGAGGAACCAUGCCUGUUCCCCCGGCCUGAGUUACCGUGUGGGUCCCUUCAGCCUGAAGAGCCUCCUGAGGCGCCAGGCCAGUGCCCUCCAUCUGAGGAGUUGCCCUUGUUCCCCCAACCUGGGGAGCCACCCUUAUCCCCUUUGCUUGGAGAGCCGGCCCUGUCUGAGCCUGGGGAACCACCUCUAUCUCCUCUACCUGAGGAGCUGCCGUUGUCUCCAUCAGGAGAGCCGUCCUUGUCACCUCAGCUGAUGCCACCAGAUCCUCUUCCUCCUCCACUCUCACCCAUUAUCCCAGCCGCGGCCCCGCCAUCUCUGUCUCCUCUGGGGGAGUUAGAGUACCCCUUUGGUGCCAAAGGGGACAGUGACCCUGAGUCGCCACUGGCUGCCCCCAUCCUAGAGACACCCAUCAGCCCUCCUCCAGAAGCUAACUGCACUGACCCUGAGCCUGUGCCCCCGAUGAUCCUUCCCCCAUCUCCGGGUUCCUCGGUGGAACUUGCUUCUCCCAUCUUGAUGGAGCCCCUCCCCCCACAGUGUUCUCCGCUCCUUCAGCAUUCCUUACCUCCCCCAAGCGCCUCUCCUUCCCAGUGUUCCCCUCCUGCUCUGCCACUGUCUGUUCCCUCCCCAUUGAGUCCCAUGGGGAAGGCAGUGGAGGUCUCAGACGAGGCUGAGCCACAUGAGAUGGAGACUGAGAAAGGCCCAGAACCUGAAUGCCCAGCCUUGGAACCCAGUGCCACCAGCCCUCUCCCCUCCCCUAUGGGGGAUCUGUCUUGUCCUGCCCCCAGCCCUGCCCCAGCCCUGGACGACUUCUCUGGCUUGGAGGAAGACAUAGCCCCUCUCGAUGGGACUGAUGCUCCUGGUUCACAGCCAGAGGCUGGACAGACCCCUGGCAGCUUGGCUAGUGAAUUUAAAGGUUCCCCUGUGCUCCUUGACCCAGAGGAGCUGGCUCCUGUGACCCCUAUGGAGGUCUAUGGCCCAGAAUGCAAGCAGGCAGAGCAGGGAUCACCCUGUGAAGAGCAGGAGGAGCCCCGAGCACCAGUGGCCCCCAUACCACCCACUCUCAUCAAAUCCGACAUUGUAAAUGAGAUCUCUAAUCUGAGCCAGGGUGAUGCCAGUGCCAGUUUUCCUUGUUCAGAGCCCCUGCUGGGCUCUCCUGACCCCGAGGGGGGCGGCUCUCUGUCCAUGGAGCUGGGGGUAUCUACAGAUGUUAGUCCAGUCCGAGAUGAGGGCUCCCUGCGGCUCUGUACCGACUCACUGCCGGAGACUGAUGACUCACUGUUGUGUGAUGCUGGGACAGCUAUCAGUGGAGGCAAAGCUGAGGGGGACAAGGGGCGGCGGCGCAGCUCCCCAGCCCGUUCCCGAAUCAAACAGGGUCGUAGCAGUAGUUUCCCGGGAAGACGCCGGCCUCGUGGAGGAGCACAUGGAGGACGUGGGAGGGGACGGGCCCGGCUAAAAUCAACCACUUCUUCCAUUGAGACUCUGGUAGUGGCUGAUAUUGAUAGCUCUCCCAGUAAGGAAGAGGAAGAAGACGAUGACGACACCAUGCAAAAUACUGUGGUUCUCUUCUCCAACACAGACAAAUUUGUUCUAAUGCAGGACAUGUGUGUGGUAUGUGGCAGCUUUGGCCGGGGAGCAGAGGGCCAUCUCCUGGCUUGUUCACAGUGCUCUCAGUGCUAUCACCCUUACUGUGUUAACAGCAAGAUCACCAAGGUGAUGCUGCUGAAGGGCUGGCGUUGUGUGGAAUGUAUCGUGUGUGAGGUGUGCGGCCAGGCCUCCGACCCUUCACGCCUGCUGCUCUGUGAUGACUGUGACAUUAGCUACCACACAUACUGCCUGGACCCCCCACUACUCACCGUGCCUAAGGGCGGCUGGAAGUGCAAGUGGUGUGUGUCUUGUAUGCAGUGUGGGGCUGCCUCCCCUGGCUUCCACUGUGAGUGGCAGAAUAGUUACACCCACUGUGGGCCCUGUGCUAGCCUGGUGACUUGUCCUAUCUGUCACUCUCCAUAUGUGGAAGAGGACUUGCUGAUCCAGUGCCGCCACUGUGAACGGUGGAUGCAUGCUGGCUGUGAGAGCCUCUUCACCGAGGAUGAUGUGGAACAGGCGGCCGAUGAGGGCUUUGACUGUGUUUCCUGCCAGCCCUAUGUGGUAAAGCCUGUGGCACCAGUUGCCCCUCCAGAAUUGGUGCCCAUGAAGAUGAAAGAGCCAGAGCCCCAGUACUUUCGCUUUGAGGGAGUAUGGCUGACAGAAACUGGCAUGGCUGUGCUGCGUCACCUGACCAUGUCACCACUGCACAAGCGGCGUCAGCGGCGAGGACGGUUGGGCCUCCCAGGCGAGGCAGGACUGGAGGGAUCUGAGCCCUCAGAUGCCCUUGGCCCUGAUGACAAGAAGGAUGCAGACCUGGACACUGAGGAGCUGCUCAAGGGUGAAGGUGGAGUGGAGCACAUGGAGUGUGAGAUUAAACUGGAGGGCCCUGCUAGCCCUGAUGUGGAACCUGGCAAAGAAGAGACCGAAGAAAGCAAAAAACGCAAGCGCAAGCCUUAUCGGCCUGGUAUUGGUGGUUUCAUGGUGCGACAGCGGAAAUCCCAUACACGUGUGAAAAAGGGGCCUGCUGCACAGGCGGAGGUGUUGAGUGGGGAUGGGCAGCCCGACGAGGGUGAGACGGUGAUGCCUACUGAUCUGCCUGCAGAGGGCUCCAUGGAACAGGGCCUCGCUGAUGGGGAUGAGAAAAAGAAGCAACAGCGGCGGGGGCGCAAGAAGAGCAAACUAGAGGACAUGUUCCCUGCUUACCUGCAGGAAGCCUUCUUCGGGAAGGAGCUGCUGGAUCUGAGCCGGAAAGCCCUUUUUGGAGUUGGGAUGGGCCGACCGAGCUUUGGACUAGGAACCCCAAAAACCCGGGGAGAUGGAGGCUCAGAAAGGAAGGAGCUCCCCUUCUCGCAGAAGGGAGAUGAUGGUCCAGAUGUUGCAGAUGAAGAAUCCCGUGGCCUGGAGGGGAUGGCUGAUACACCAGGACCUGAGGAUGGGGGUGUAAAGGCAUCCCCAGUGCCCAGUGACCCUGAGAAGCCAGGCACCCCAGGUGAAGGGAUGCUUAGCUCUGACUUAGAUAGGAUUCCCACAGAAGAACUACCCAAAAUGGAGUCCAAGGACCUGCAACAGCUCUUCAAGGAUGUCCUGGGUUCUGAACGAGAGCAGCAUCUGGGCUGUGGAACCCCUGGCCUAGAAGGCAACCGUACACCGCUGCAGAGGCCCUUUCUCCAAGGUGGACUCCCUUUGGGCAAUCUCCCUUCCAACAGCCCAAUGGACUCCUACCCAGGCCUCUGCCAGUCUCCAUUCCUAGAUUCUAGGGAGCGCGGGGGCUUCUUUAGCCCAGAACCCGGUGAGCCAGACAGUCCCUGGACAGGCUCGGGGGGCACCACGCCCUCCACCCCCACCACCCCCACCACGGAGGGUGAGGGCGACGGGCUCUCCUAUAACCAGCGGAGCCUGCAGCGCUGGGAGAAGGACGAGGAGUUGGGUCAGCUCUCUACCAUCUCACCUGUGCUCUAUGCCAACAUUAACUUUCCUAAUCUCAAGCAAGAUUACCCAGACUGGUCUAGCCGUUGCAAACAAAUCAUGAAGCUCUGGAGAAAGGUUCCAGCUGCUGACAAAGCCCCCUACCUGCAAAAGGCCAAAGAUAACCGGGCAGCUCACCGCAUCAACAAGGUGCAGAAGCAGGCUGAGAGUCAGAUCAACAAGCAGACCAAGGUGGGCGACAUAGCCCGUAAGACUGAUCGACCAGCCCUCCAUCUCCGCAUUCCCCCCCAGCCAGGGGCACUGGGCAGUCCGCUCCCUGCUGCGGCCCCCACCAUUUUCAUUGGCAGUCCCACCACCCCCGCCGGCUUGUCUACCUCUGCGGAUGGGUUCCUGAAGCCGCCAGCGGGCACAGUGCCCGGCCCCGACUCCCCCGGUGAGCUCUUCCUCAAGCUCCCACCCCAGGUGCCCGCCCAAGUGCCUUCGCAGGACCCCUUUGGACUGGCCCCAGCCUACGCCCAGGAGCCCCGCUUCCCUGCGGCACCACCCACCUACCCUCCCUAUCCCAGUCCAACUGGGGCCCCUGUGCAGCCCCCUAUGCUGGGUGCCUCAUCUCGUCCUGGAACUGGCCAGCCGGGGGAAUUUCACACCACUCCUCCUGGCACCCCCCGACACCAGCCCUCCACGCCUGACCCCUUCCUCAAGCCUCGCUGCCCCUCCCUGGACAAUCUGGCUGUGCCUGAGAGCCCAGGGGUGGCGGGAGGCAAGGCUUCCGAGCCCCUGCUCUCACCACCAGCUUUCGGGGAGACCCGGAAGGCCUUGGAGGUGAAAAAGGAAGAGCUUGGGGCAUCCUCUCCCAGCUAUGGGCCCUCAAACCUAGGUUUUGUGGACUCACCCUCCUCAGGCCCCCACCUGGGUGGCCUGGAGUUAAAGGCACCUGAUGUCUUCAAAGCUCCUUUGACCCCUCGGGCAUCUCAGGUAGAGCCCCAGAGCCCAGGCCUGGGUCUUCGGCCCCAGGAACCACCCCCUGCCCAGGCUUUGGCCCCCUCUCCUCCCAGCCACCCAGACAUCUUUCGUCCAGGUCCUUACCCUGACCCCUAUGCCCAGCCCCCACUGACCCCUCGACCCCAGCCCCCACCCCCUGAGAGCUGCUGUGCCCUGCCGCCUCGCUCACUGCCCUCUGACCCUUUCUCCCGAGUUCCAGCCAGUCCUCAGUCCCAGUCCAGCUCCCAGUCCCCACUCACCCCCCGUCCUCUGUCUACUGAGGCUUUCUGCCCAUCCCCUGUUACUCCUCGCUUCCAGUCCCCAGACCCCUAUUCUCGCCCACCCUCACGCCCUCAGUCCCGAGACCCAUUUGCUCCAUUGCAUAAGCCACCCCGACCCCAGCCCCCUGAAGUUGCCUUUAAGGCUGGGCCUCUAGCCCACACUCCACUGGGGGCUGGGGGCUUCCCAGCAGCCCUGCCCUCGGGGCCAGUGGGUGAGCUCCAUGCCAAGGUCCCAAGUGGACAGCCCCCCAAUUUUGCCCGCUCCCCUGGGACAGGUGCAUUUGUGGGCACCCCCUCUCCCAUGCGUUUUACUUUCCCCCAGGGUGUAGGGGAACCUUCCCUAAAGCCCCCUGUCCCUCAGCCUGGUCUCCCUCCACCCCAUGGGAUCAACAGCCAUUUUGGGCCCAGCCCCACCUUGGGCAAGCCUCAAAGCACAAACUACUCAGCUGCUGGGAACUUCCACCCAUCGGGCAGCCCCCUGGGGCCCAGCAGCGGAUCCACAGGGGAGGGCUACGGGCUGUCCCCACUACGCCCCACAUCAGUUCUGCCACCACCUGCACCCGAUGGAUCCCUUCCCUUCCUGUCCCAUGGAGCCUCACAACGGGCAAGCAUCACUUCUCCGGUUGAAAAGCGAGAAGAUCCAGGGGCUGCAAUGAGUAGCUCGUUGGCGGCACCUGAACUCCCAGGUACCCAGGACCCAGGCAUGUCCAGCCUCAGUCAGACAGAACUGGAGAAGCAACGUCAGCGCCAGCGACUCCGGGAGCUACUGAUUCGGCAGCAGAUCCAGCGCAACACCCUUCGGCAGGAGAAGGAGACAGCUGCGGCCGCUGCAGGUGCCCUGGGGCACCCGGGCAGCUGGGGGGCAGAGCCCAGCAGCCCUGCCUUUGAGCAGCUGAGUAGAGGCCAGACUCCUUUCACUGGGACGCAGGACAAGAGCAGCCUAGUGGGGUUACCCCCAAGCAAGCUAGGUGGCCCCAUCUUGGGACCGGGCCCCUUCCCUAGUGAUGACCGACUUGCCCGGCCACCUCCACCAGCCACGCCUUCCUCUAUGGAUGUGAAUAGCCGGCAACUGGUAGGAGGCUCCCAGGCCUUCUAUCAGCGAGUGCCCUAUCCUGGAUCCCUGCCCUUACAGCAGCAGCAACAGCAGCAACUAUGGCAGCAGCAACAGCAGCAGCAACAGCAGCAGGCAACAGCAGCAACCUCCAUGCGACUCACCAUGUCUGCUCGCUUUCCUUCAACUGCUGGACCUGAACUUGGCCGCCAAGCACUAGGCUCCCCUUUGGCAGGAAUUCCCACCCGCCUGCCAGGCCCUGCUGAGCCAGUGCCUGGCCCAUCUGGUCCUGCCCAGUUCAUUGAGUUGCGGCACAAUGUUCAGAAAGGACUAGGACCUGGGGGGCCUCUGUUUCCUGGUCAGGGGCCCCCUCAGAGGGCCCGUUUUUUCCCUAUAAGCGAGGAUGCCCACCGGCUAGCUCCUGAAGGCCUUCGGGGCCUGGCAGUAUCAGGCCUUCCCCCACAGAAACCCCCAGCCCCGCCUGCUCCUGAAUUGAACAACAGCCUCCAUCCAACAUCCCACACCAAGGCUCCUACACUGACAGCUGGCUUAGAUCUGGUCACCCGGCCCCCCUCCAGCACUGAGCUUGGCCGCCCCCCUGCCCUGGCCCUGGAAGCUGGGAAGUUACCCUGUGAGGAUCCUGAGCUGGAUGAUGAUUUUGACGCCCACAAGGCCCUAGAGGAUGAUGAAGAGCUUGCUCACCUAGGUCUGGGUGUGGAUGUGGCCAAGGGUGAUGAUGAGCUGGGCACCCUGGAAAACCUGGAGACCAAUGACCCCCACCUAGAUGACCUGCUCAAUGGAGAUGAGUUUGACCUACUGGCGUACACUGACCCUGAGCUGGACACUGGGGACAAGAAGGACAUCUUCAAUGAGCACCUAAGGCUGGUGGAGUCAGCAAAUGAGAAGGCUGAGCGGGAGGCCCUGCUUCGGGGGGUGGAACCAGGACCGUUGGGCCCUGAGGAGCGCCCUCCCCCUGCCACUGAUGCCUCUGAGCCUCGCCUGGCAUCUGUUCUCCCUGAGGUGAAGCCCAAGGUGGAGGAGGGUGGGCGCCACCCUUCCCCCUGCCAAUUCACCAUUACCACCCCCAAGGUAGAGCCAGGACCUGUGGCUACUUCCCUUGGCCUGGGGCUAAAACCAGGACAGAACGUGCUGGGCAGCCGGGACACCCGGAUGGGCACAGGGCCAUUUUCUGGUAGUGGGCACACAGCUGAGAAGGGGCCUUUUGGGGCCACAGGAGGACCACCAGCUCACCUGCUAACCCCCAGCCCACUGAGUGGCACAGGAGGAUCUUCCCUGCUAGAGAAGUUUGAGCUAGAGAGUGGAGCCUUGACCUUGCCUAGUGGACAUGGAGCAUCUGGGGAUGAGCUCGACAAGAUGGAGAGCUCGCUAGUAGCCAGUGAGUUGCCCCUGCUUAUUGAGGACCUGUUGGAACAUGAGAAGAAGGAGCUACAGAAGAAACAGCAGCUUUCAGCCCAGCUCCAGCCUGCCCAACAGCAGCAACAGCAGCAGCCGCAGCCCCAGCAGCAACAGCAACAGCAACAUUCCUUACUGUCCGCAGCAGGCCCUGCCCAGGCAAUCCCUUUACCACAUGAGGGCUCUUCUCCCAGUUUGGCUGGGCCCCAACAGCAACUUGCCCUGGGUCUUGGAGGUGCCCGACAGCCAGGUUUGGGCCAACCACUGAUGUCCACCCAGCCACCAGCUCAUGCCCUCCAGCAGCGCCUGGCCCCAACCAUGGCCAUGGUGUCCAACCAAGGGCAUAUGCUAAGUGGGCAACAUGGGGGGCAGGCAGGCUUGGUGCCCCAGCAAAGCCCACAGCCAGUACUAGCACAGAAACCCAUGGGCACCAUGCCACCUUCUAUGUGCAUGAAGCCCCAGCAGCUAGCAAUGCAGCAGCAGCUGGCCAACAGCUUCUUCCCAGAUACAGACCUGGACAAAUUUGCUGCAGAAGAUAUCAUUGAUCCCAUUGCAAAGGCCAAGAUGGUGGCUUUGAAAGGCAUCAAGAAAGUGAUGGCUCAGGGGAGCAUUGGGGUAGCACCUGGUAUGAACAGGCAGCAAGUGUCACUGCUAGCCCAGAGGCUGUCUGGGGGAUCUGGGGGUGAUUUGCAGAACCAUGUCGCACCUGGGAGUGGCCAGGAGCGGAAUGCCAGUGACCCUGCCCAGCCUCGCCCCAACCCACCCACUUUUGCCCAGGGAGUUAUCAAUGAGGCAGACCAACGGCAAUAUGAGGAGUGGCUAUUUCACACUCAGCAGCUCCUGCAGAUGCAAUUGAAGGUGCUAGAGGAGCAGAUUGGUGUGCAUCGCAAGUCUCGGAAGGCUCUGUGUGCCAAGCAGCGCACUGCCAAAAAGGCAGGUCGUGAGUUCCCAGAAGCUGAUGCCGAGAAGCUCAAGCUGGUUACAGAGCAGCAGAGCAAGAUCCAGAAACAGUUGGAUCAGGUUCGGAAACAGCAGAAGGAGCACACUAAUCUCAUGGCAGAAUAUCGAAACAAGCAGCAGCAACAGCAGCAACAGCAGCAACAGCAGCAGCAACAACACUCCGCUGUGCUGGCCCUCAGCCCUUCUCAGAGUCCCCGGCUACUCACCAAGCUCCCCGGGCAGCUGCUCCCUGGCCAUGGGCUGCAGCCACCACAGGGUCCCCCGGGUGGGCAAACUGGAGGUCUUCGCCUGCCUCUUGGGGGUAUGGCACUACCUGGACAGCCUGGUGGGCCUUUUCUUAACACAGCCCUGGCCCAGCAGCAGCAACAGCAGCAUUCUGGUGGGGCUGGAUCCUUAGCUGGCCCCUCAGGGGGCUUUUUCCCUGGCAACCUUGCUCUCCGAAGCCUUGGACCUGACUCGAGGCUUUUACAGGAAAGGCAGCUGCAGCUGCAGCAGCAACGCAUGCAGCUGGCCCAGAAACUGCAGCAGCAACAGCAGCAACAGCAGCAGCAGCAACAGCAACAGCAGCAGCAUCUUCUAGGACAGGUGGCAGUCCAACAGCAACAGCAGCAGGGUCCCAGUUUACAGGCAAACCAGGCUCUGGGUCCCAAACCCCAGGGGCUUCUGCCUCCCAACAGUCACCAGGGCCUUCUGGUCCAGCAGUUGUCCCCUCAGCCACCCCAGGGACCCCAGGGCAUGCUGGGUCCUACCCAGGUGGCAGUGUUGCAGCAGCAGCACUCUGGAGCUCUGGGCUCCCAGGGCCCUCACAGACAGGUGCUUAUGACCCAGUCCCGGGUGCUGAGUUCCCCCCAGCUGGCACAGCAGGGUCAUGGCCUUAUGGGACAUCGACUGGUCACAGCCCAGCAACAACAGCAGCCACAACAGCACCAACAGCAGGGACCCAUGGCAGGGCUUUCCCAUCUUCAGCAGGGCCUGAUGUCACACAGUGGGCAGCCCAAACUGAAUGCUCAGACCCUGGGCUCGUUACAGCAGCAACAGCUCCAGCAGCAGCAACUUCAACAGCAGCAACAGCAGCUACAACAGCAGCAGCAGCAGCUACAACAGCAACAGCAGCAGCUUCAGCAGCAACCCCAGCAGCUUCAGCAACAGCAGCAGCUUCAGCAACAGCAGCACCUGCAACAACAGCAGCAGCUACAGCAGCAGCUUCUGCAGCAGCAGCAGCAACAGCAACAGCAGCAACAACAGCAGCAGCAGCAGCAGCAGCAACAGCAACAGCAACAGCAACAGCAGAUGUGCCUCUUGAAUCAGAGUCGAACUUUGUUAUCUCCUCAGCAGCAACAGCAACAGCAGGUGACACUUGGCCCUGGCAUGCCAGCCAAGCCUCUUCAACACUUUUCUAGCCCCGGAGCCCUGGGCCCAACCCUCCUUCUGACGGGCAAGGAACAAAACACUGUAGAGACGGCUCUUCCUUCAGAGGUCACUGAGGGGCCCUCAGCACAUCAGGGAGGGCCAUUAACAGUAGGUCCUGCAUCUGAGUCAGUGGCUACGGAACCAGGGGAGGUAAAGCCCUCCCUCUCUGGGGACUCACAACUUCUGCUUGUCCAACCCCAGGCCCAGCCUCAGUCCAACUCUUUGCAGCUGCAGCCACCUUUGAGGCUCCCAGGACAACCACAGCAGCAAGUUAACUUACUCCACUCAGCAGGUGUAGGAAACCAUGGGCAAAUAGGCAGUGGAUCAUCUUCUGAGGCCUCAUCUAUGCCCCACCUGCUGGCCCAACCCCCUGUUUCCUUAGGGGAGCAGCCUGGGCCCAUGACCCAGAAUGUUCUGGGCCCCCAACAGCCCCUUGGGCUAGAGCGGCCUAUGCAGAAUAAUGCAGGGGCACAGCCUCCCAAACCAGGACCUGUCCCCCAGUCUGGGCAGGGUCUACCUGGGGUUGGAGUCACGCCUACAGUGGGUCAGCUUCGAGCACAGCUCCAAGGAGUCCUGGCCAAAAACCCACAGCUGCGGCACUUGAGCCCUCAGCAGCAGCAGCAGCUACAGGCCCUCCUCUUGCAGCGGCAGCUGCAGCAGAGUCAGGCAGUACGCCAGACUCCACCCUACCAGGAGCCUGGAACCCAACCCACUCCCCUCCAGGGCCUCCUGGGCUGCCAACCUCAACCUGGGGGCUUCACUGGAUCUCAGACAGGCCCUCUUCAGGAGCUGGGGGCAGGACCUCGACCUCAGGGCCCACUCCGGCUCUCUGCCCCACAAGGAGCCUUAUCCACAGGACCAGGCGUUGGCCCUGUCCAUCCCACACCUCCAUCACCCAGUCCCCAAGAGCCAAAGAGACCUUCUUCACAAUUACCUUCCCCCAGUGCCCAGCUCACCCACACCCAUCCAGACACCCCAAAGCCCCAGGGGCCAACCUUGGAGCUGCCUCCUGGGAGGGUCUCACCUGCUGCUGCCCAGCUUUCGGAUACCUUCUUUGGCAAGGGGCUGGGACCUUGGGACCCCCCAGACAACCUAGCAGAAGCCCAGAAGCCAGAGCAGUGCAGCCUGGUGCCUGGGCAUCUGGAGCAGGUGAAUGGACAGGUGGUACCUGAGCCACCCCAACUCAGCAUCAAGCAGGAGCCUCGGGAAGAGCCAUGUGCCCUGGGAGCCCAGGCGGUGAAGAGGGAGGCCAAUGGGGAACCAGUAGGGGCAUCAGGUACCAGCAACCACCUCCUGCUGGCAGGCCCCCGCUCAGAGGCUGGGCAUCUGCUCUUGCAGAAGCUUCUACGCGCAAAGAAUGUGCAACUCAGCGCUGGGCGGGGGCCUGAGGGGCUUCGAGCUGAGAUCAACGGGCACAUUGACAGCAAGCUGGCCGGGCUGGAGCAGAAACUACAGGGUACCCCCAACAACAAGGAGGAUGCAGCAGCAAGGAAGCCUUUGACACCAAAGCCCAAGCGGGUACAGAAGGCAAGCGACAGGUUGGUGAGCUCCCGAAAGAAGCUGCGGAAGGAGGACGGGGUCAGGGCCAACGAGGCCUUGCUGAAACAGCUGAAACAGGAGCUGUCCCUGCUGCCCUUGACGGAGCCUACCAUCACCGCCAACUUUAGCCUCUUUGCUCCCUUUGGCAGUGGCUGCCAAAUCAGUGGGCAGAGCCAGCUGAGAGGGGCCUUUGGAAGUGGGGCACUGCCCACUGGCCCUGACUACUACUCCCAGCUGCUUACCAAGAAUGACCUGAGUAACCCGCCGACACCACCCUCGUCGCUGCCCCCCACCCCGCCCCCGUCGGUGCAGCAGAAGAUGGUGAAUGGCGUGACUCCCUCCGAAGAUCUGGGGGAGCACCCCAAGGAUCCAGCCUCUGCCAGGGACACUGAAGGGCCAUUGAGGGGUGGUAAGCGAAGAGAUGCUUCAGAGGUGAAGAGUCUAGACCUGCUGGCUGCCUUGCCCACACCCCCUCACAAUCAGAUUGAGGAUGUCAGGAUGGAAAGUGAUGAGGAUAGUGACUCUCCUGACAGUAUUGUACCAGCUUCAUCCCCUGAGAGCAUCCUGGGAGAGGAGGCCCCUCGUUUCCCUCACCUGGGUUCAGGCAGGGGGGAACAGGGUGACCGGGCCCUCUCUCCUGUCAUCCCUAUCAUUCCUCGGGCCAGCAUCCCAGUUUUCCCAGAUACCAAACCAUAUGGGGGUCUGGACUUGGAAGUCCCUGGAAAGCUGCCUGCCACAGUUUGGGAGAAGGGCAAAGGGAGUGAGGUGUCAGUCAUGCUGACCGUUUCUGCUGCUGCAGCCAAGAACCUGAAUGGUGUGAUGGUGGCAGUGGCAGAACUGUUAAGCAUGAAGAUCCCCAACUCCUAUGAGGUGCUGUUCCCAGAAAGCCCUGCCCGUGCAGGCAUUGAGCCUAAGAAAGGGGAAGCUGAGGGCCCUGGUGGGAAAGAAAAGAAUCUAAGCAGCAAGAGCUCAGACUCUGGCCCUGAUUGGCUGAAACAGUUUGAUGCAGUGUUGCCUGGCUAUACCCUCAAGAGCCAGCUAGACAUCUUGAGCCUCUUGAAACAGGAGAGCCCUGCCCCAGAGCUGCCCACCCAGCACAGCUACACCUACAACGUCUCCAAUUUGGAUGUGCGACAGCUCUCGGCCCCACCUCCGGAGGAACCCUCCCCACCCCCAUCCCCCUUGGCACCCUCUCCUGCCAGCCCUCCUGCCGAUCCCCUAGGUGAACUCCCCGUUGAACCCUUAGCUGAGCCACCAGUACCCUCACCCCUGCCACUGGCCUCAUCCCCUGAGUCAGCUCGUCCCAAGCCCCGAGCCCGGGCCCCUGAAGAAAGUGAAGAUUCCCGGCCUCCUCACCUCAAGAAGUGGAAGGGAGUGCGCUGGAAGCGGCUGAGGCUGCUGCUGACCAUCCAGAAGGGCAGUGGGCACCAGGAGGAUGAGCGGGAAGUGGCAGAGUUUAUGGAGCAGCUUGGCACAGCCUUGCGACCUGACAAGGUGCCUCGAGAUAUGCGGCGCUGCUGCUUCUGUCAUGAGGAGGGGGAUGGGGCCACUGACGGCCCUGCCCGCCUGUUGAACCUGGACCUGGACCUGUGGGUGCACCUCAACUGUGCCCUGUGGUCCACGGAGGUGUAUGAGACCCAGGGCGGGGCACUGAUGAAUGUGGAGGUUGCCUUGCACCGAGGACUGUUAACCAAGUGCUCCCUGUGCCAGCGAACGGGUGCCACCAGCAGCUGCAAUCGUAUGCGUUGCCCCAAUGUCUACCAUUUUGCCUGUGCUAUCCGCGCCAAGUGUAUGUUCUUCAAGGACAAGACCAUGCUGUGUCCAAUGCAUAAGAUCAAGGGGCCCUGUGAGCAAGAACUGAGUUCAUUUGCUGUCUUCCGGCGGGUCUACAUUGAGAGGGAUGAAGUGAAACAGAUUGCCAGCAUCAUCCAGCGGGGAGAACGGCUGCACAUGUUCCGUGUGGGGGGCCUUGUGUUCCACGCCAUUGGACAGCUGCUCCCUCACCAGAUGGCUGACUUCCACAGUGCCACUGCCCUCUAUCCUGUGGGCUACGAGGCCACACGCAUCUACUGGAGCCUCCGUACCAACAACCGCCGAUGCUGCUACCGCUGCUCCAUUGGAGAGAACAAUGGGCGGCCAGAGUUUGUCAUCAAAGUCAUGGAGCAGGGCCUGGAGGACUUGGUUUUCACUGAUGCCUCUCCACAGGCUGUGUGGAAUCACAUCAUUGAGCCAGUGGCUGCCAUGAGAAAAGAGGCUGAUAUGCUGCGACUCUUCCCUGAGUACCUGAAGGGCGAGGAGCUCUUCGGGCUGACAGUGCAUGCUGUGCUUCGCAUAGCUGAAUCACUGCCUGGGGUGGAGAGCUGUCAAAACUAUUUAUUCCGCUAUGGGCGCCACCCCCUGAUGGAACUGCCACUCAUGAUCAACCCCACUGGCUGUGCCCGAUCAGAGCCCAAAAUUCUCACACACUACAAACGCGUUUUCACAUCCAUUAUCUCAUUUGAUCCUCACAACAACCUUAUGAGGCCCCAUACCCUGAACAGCACCAGCAUGUCUAAGGCAUAUCAGAGCACCUUCACAGGCGAAACCAACACCCCGUACAGCAAGCAGUUUGUGCACUCCAAGUCAUCUCAGUACCGGCGCCUGCGUACCGAGUGGAAGAACAACGUGUAUCUGGCUCGCUCCCGUAUCCAGGGCCUGGGGCUCUAUGCAGCCAAGGACCUAGAAAAGCACACAAUGGUCAUCGAGUACAUUGGCACCAUUAUUCGUAAUGAGGUGGCCAAUAGGCGGGAGAAAAUCUAUGAGGAGCAGAACCGAGGCAUUUACAUGUUCCGAAUAAACAAUGAACAUGUGAUUGAUGCUACAUUGACCGGAGGCCCUGCUAGGUACAUUAACCAUUCCUGUGCCCCUAACUGUGUGGCGGAAGUUGUGACAUUUGACAAGGAGGACAAAAUCAUCAUCAUCUCCAGCCGGCGAAUCCCCAAAGGAGAGGAGCUGACCUAUGACUAUCAGUUUGAUUUUGAGGAUGAUCAGCACAAGAUCCCCUGUCACUGUGGAGCCUGGAAUUGUCGGAAAUGGAUGAACUAAGAAGCUUUGAGGCUACCAGGCAGGGGAGUCCCCCCACCCCCGACCUCUUCCCUGAAAGGGAUGAGGGGGAAGAGAGGUAGCAGCCAGAGCCAGGACCCAGGGCUGGGGCUGCCGGCUGACCGGAGCCCCUGGAGCAAGAGGCUGGGCUAGAGGGCCCUAGGCCAAGCCCACCCUGGGCACCAGGGACAACCCUCUUCCCCGCCACCGGCCCUCAGGCUGGCAUCUCUGCCCCUAGCUCCAGGAGGGGCUAGAUAGAAGCAGCCAUUGGGCAUCUCAGGUUUGAGGGGGAUAUGGGCCGGGAACUACCCAGAAGGACCUGGGAGGCAGCAGGGAGGGAGGAGGAUGUGUGGCUGGGCCUCACAGCCCUGCUGCUUCCACCGACCUCUCUGGCCCAAUUCAAGGCUGCAAAGAGACUUGACUAAGCUUGACAAUCCCAAAGGCCGGGUCCCACACCUGGCCCUGCCUGCCGGGUCCUGCCCCCAUCCUCACCCCCAUCCCUUUCAAUCUGUCUCUGUCUCCCUCUUCUCCUCUGUGUUUCUUUCUCUCUAUGGGUUGUGUUUCCUUGUUUUCCACUCUGACAAAUGCAACAUGAACGGGAAAGAGGCAUCAAGCUGCCCAGGAGGGCAAGCUGGGCAAGCCGGGCAAGGAGACCCCGCACCCACACCUACCUCAUUUAAGUGUUGGAUUUUUUGCUGUUUUGAAAUGUGAGACCCUCUCCAAGCCCCCUACUGCCCCAACCCUCUCCCGCACCUCACUGCCCUCUUCUGAGUGGGUAGAGCGGGGUAGGAGGAGGAAGAAAAAACAACAACAAAAAAUCCAUCUUUGUUUUUAAUUAUGGGCAUGGGAUGGUGGUUGAAGCAAAUGGUGAUGAAGAUUGGGGAUGACUGGCCCCUGGUUUCUCUAGAACUUCCUUCUCCAUCUGGACAUGGGGGCAGGAGGUGUGUGCUAUACCUAGGACCAGGAUAUCUCCCUCCUGUUUUCCCAACCUCAUCAUGAGCCCAUUUGCCCUCCAGCCCCUGGAUGGGGUGGGUGGGGGGUGGGUGAGGGCUGUCCCUGAGUGGCAUGCCCAUACCCAGUGAGGCAGGGUGUGGCCCGGAGCUCCCACUUUCCCUCAGUCACCAAACUGCUGCUGGUCUGGUGGGAAGGGGUGGUGAUGUGGGGAUGGGGAGCUUAGUGUCAGCGCGGGGAGGGUGGGGGGUAUUUAUCUAUUUAUACAUGGGAUUGUACAUAGUCUUGUGGGGCAUGGGGGAGCCGGCUGGAGGUGAGAACCCUCCCCUCUCCCCCUACCCCCUGGGGAGAGCAAAUGUAAAACUACUAAUUUUUGUGCUUUAUAUAUUCUAUAUAAAUAUAUCUAUUUUCUUUUUACAAAACCAGUUUAUAAAUGGUAGGGGGGUGUGGGGUGGACACAUGGAACUCCCCUUGUGGGGGAGCCCCCUCCAUUACCCAACCUACCGCCCUUUUCCUCACCCCGCACUCCCCACCCCUAGCUAUGACUGCUGUAAGGUCGGGGUAUAGAGAGAGGCUGGGCAAUUCCCACCCUGUUGUAUAGUUGGACUAUGUUAUAACGCACAAAAGUGAGCUGGCCCCAGGGGGAGCCAGAGGGUGAUGGGUUUCCUGCCUUCUUUUCCUUCCCCUUUCUGCCCAAGCUUGUGCUGCAGUUGAACCUCUUCCUGGGGGUAGGAGUAGGUAGGGGGUGGGUGAGGUCCCAGACCCUUCUCUCUUCUCUGGUAGGGAGCCAUGGGGAUGAAGAUGAAGCUUAUAUGCAGUUCUCUCCUAGGGGCUGUGGGCAAAGGGCAUUUUGUAAUUAAUAUUUUCAAGAAUCAGAUGUCUGGAGUGUAGGGGUGGGCUUGGUGGUGGCGAAUGGGCAGGCCUGCUGAAGGGGGAGCACGGUCGCUGUUGUGAUUUUAGGUUUGUUUUUGUUUUGUUUUGAAUUUGGGGGAUUUUGGAUUGAUGGGGGUAGGGAGUUUUUUGUUUUUUGUUUUUUUUAAGCUGCUUCCUCAACUGUUCAAGCUGCAAAUGUUUAAGACAGUAACACCCCUACUCCUGCAGGAACCACUGUAAUUAGAUCAGACAGUAGGGAGACUGGGCUGCUGCCCCCAAAGCCACAGCCCUUGGAUGGUCCUUUUCCAAGAGCCAAAAGGUCUAGGCUACAGCGAGGGGAGAUUGGCUCCUGUGAGUCAGGCUCUGGUUGGGGCUUGGGCCCUGGGAUUGGGAAAGGAACGGGGCAGACUUUGUAAGCAUAUGCUAGAUAUCCGAUAGUCCUGUAGAAUUUAGUGAAGAAACCUUAUACAGUUUUUAAUUUUUAUAUAAACUAUAACUCAGAUCCAAGCUACAAGGUUGGAAUUUUGGUUGUUGGUUUUUUUUUUUUUUUUUAAGUACCCUGCCUGUAUAAUUGCAUCAGAACCCCGCCCCCCCCCGUGUUUGUAUUUUGGGUUGGUUUACACUUGCACAUAUUCAAUUUUCAGUUUUUCCCCUUUACAGUCUUCUACCCUCACCUCCAGGACCCUCCCCCUUUUUAAAAAAAUAAAUCGCUGACAAGUGUGAAUCCCGUGAAGACUUUAUUUUGUGUUGUGUGUAUCCUGUACAGCAAGGUUGGUCCUUCGUAACAACGGAUGAAAUGGUUCCCUUUUUUAAAACGCCCUCUCACCCCCCAACCCCCGUCCUUGGCAUGUUUUGUAUCAGCGAUCAUUCUGAACUGUACAUAAUUUAUGUUUCGAGAGGCAAAGGGCAAGUUUUGGAUUUUGCUUCUUCCAAGUUUGUUUUUAAACAACAAAUAAAAAAAAGAACAUUUUAAAUA